UAUUUGUUAUUUACUGCAGCCCUGGAAUCACAGCCCAUUGAAGUGGCAGCUUUAGGAAGACCUCUGUUUCCUGGUAUGCUGUAUGACUGCCGCAAGGAUACCUUCAUUCCAGGUGUCACUCUGUGGGAUAAGAAAUCAUUGAGUGAAGAUUUGGACAGCCGUCCACAGCCCAGGACAGAUUUGAAGUUCAGUAGCUCUGACUCUCUCUCUAGUAAGUCCAGUCUCCUGGAUGUAAGCGCUUCCCUGAAGGCCAGCUUCGUGGGAGGGCUGGUGGAGGUGGGAGGAUCUGCCAAGUUCCUGCGUGACACCAAAUCCUCAAACCAUCAGUCCAGAGUUACAAUGUAUUACAGUGAAACCUCCAGAUUUGAACAGCUCACUAUGACUCAGUUGGGCAAGAUCACCUACCCUCAGGUCUUUGACCAGAAAACUGCAACUCAUGUGGUCACAGGUGUACUAUACGGAGCUCAGGCAGUCAUGGUGUUUGAUCGAACAUUUUCAGAAGAUGAAGAUAAGCAGGAGAUUGAGGGAAAACUGAAUAUCAUGGUCAAGAAGAUUCCUCAAUAUUCCAUUGAGGGACAAGGAUCUGUAAAUAUGACAGAUGCUCAAAAGAAAGUGGCUGAGAAGACUGCCUGCACAUUUCAUGGUGACGUCCGCCUUGAUCAAAGUCCCACCACUUUCAUGGAGGCCCUAGAGGUGUACAAGAAGCUCCCCACUAUACUGAAGGAGAAUCCACAGAACGCAGUUCCAGUAAAAGUCUGGCUCUAUCCUCUUUCUCUACUGGAUACAAAAGCUGUUCAGUUGGAGAGAGAACUUAGCACACGUCUGGUUUCCAACACUGAAGAUAUAAUAGAGGGGCUGGGAGAAGUAGAAAGGACAUGCAAUGACCUGUCUAGAAAAACACUGGUAAAUGUUUUCAAAUACAUCACAGAGAGGCUCUGUUUAUUUCAGGGCUCUCUUAACAUUUACAAAAUAGUAUUUCUAAAAGCAGUGGCCAAGGUCUUGCCUGCUAUACGAGGAGGAGAGAUGGAGCAAAAUUCAUUGGAAGACAUCUUGAAGAUCCACUACAGCUCCCCUUUCAAUCAUGACAUGCUUAACCAGUGGUUAGAUCAUGCAAAGGCUGAACUUGACCUCUUGAGUUUUCAAACCAAGAUGCUGGAGAAAAUCAAAACUGAAAACUCAAACCGUCUCAAAAUCGACUUCCUUAAUCCUAAUAUUGAUGUUGUGGUGUGCUUGACCUUCACAUCUCUGAAAUAUGAAGACCCGUAUCUUUCAACCCUGAAGAAGUUUCUGGAAUCUGACGAGUUUAAAGAGCUAGAUGUGGUGAAAGUCCAGUCUAGCACGUUAGUAUCAGAAGAGUGGCACAACAAUCUUCGUGUCAUCUUAAAGAUGAGAGAGAACUUAUCUCUUUUCAAAAGUUUUUCAGAGGCUAAUAAAGAUGAAAAGAGGUAUCGAUUCAUUAUUUCUGCCAUCUCCGAUCCCUCCAGUCCAGGCUCCUCUAUCUAUCUGUAUGAAAAAGGGAAUCUGACAGACACACAGUUCCAGCCCGUGUCGAAGCCUCCCCCACCAGAAGUGAAGAAGGUCCUGGAGCGCAGUGUGUUACUGAAACUGCAGAAGUCCCCGACUGGAGAAACUGUGCAUUACAGAGUGGAGUACCAGCAGGUGAAAGCAGAUUCUGGCGCUGAGGAACAGUGGAUGAUCAUAAACACAGCUGAUGAAGACUUUACUCUGACUGGAUUGGAGUCUGGAAAGCAGUACUUGAUCCGCUACAGGAUAGUGGGUAAAGUGGGAGUGAGUGAAACCAGUGAUGCUAUCGGCCCCAUACGGUCUUCAGUCACUGUUCCCAAGACCAGGUGCGAGUUCCUUCAAUAUUACCAACAUUUCACUCUGGAUCCGAACACAGUGAAUAAACACCUCCGUCUGUCUGAGGAGAACAGAGUGAUUACUAACAUUCACCCAGAGAUUCAGUCGUAUCCUGAUCAUCCAGACAGAUUUAAUUAUUAUGUUCAUGUGUUGUGUAGAGAGAGUGUGAGUGGACUCUCUUACUGGGAGAUUGAGUGGAGUGGGAAUGAUGUGUCUAUAGCAGUGUCAUAUAAGAACAUCAGCAGGAAGGGAUCAGGUAAUGAGUGUGUGUUUGGACGUAAUGAUCAGUCCUGGAGUUUGUUCUGCUCUUCCUCCAGUUACUCAUUCAUACACAAUGACAUACAGACUGAACUCCCUGUAAAGCCCAUCAGCAGGAGAAUAGGAGUGUAUGUGGAUCACAGUGCAGGAACUCUGUCCUUCUACAGCGUCGACAGAGACACAAUGAGCCUCAUACACACAGUCCAGACCACAUUCACACACACACUCUAUCCUGGGUUAGGGGUUUAUACUGGAUCAUCAGUGAGACUGUUGAUGAAUGAGAAUAGACUGUAGAGAGAUUCUACCCAUAAUGCUUUGAGCUGCAUGAUAAAUCAGUAACAGUGAGAUGUUAUAGAGUCUCUUAUUUCUCUUUAUU